AUCUGGAUAACGAACCUAUGCAGCAUAAAAACAGCAUAACACGCCGGUGUAGACGCACGCCAUCUACAGGCGCAAACGUCAUCGGUCGGAGCGUCGGCAUCGUAAACAACAACAAACGUAUAGUGCGCCAAAAUGUCGUCCGCCGCAGAUAAGCGAGAAAUCGACGUCAUCAUAGAGAUGAUGGAAAUCUACAUCAACUCGAUCCUGUACAAGCGCAAGCUGUAUCCGGAGGCAAUCUUUCGCAUCCGCAAGGCGUACAACAUUCCCGUGUACAUAUCCAUCUACAGCGCGCUGAACAAUUACAUUGCCCAAACGCUGAAAGCUGCCCGUGAGCUCAUAAAGACCCGCAAGAUGCGUCGUUUGGAGGUGAUCAUUUUUAAAGAGCAAGAAACUCCCCUCGAAAGUUACGUGUUUGAUCUGAACUACAACGGCGUAGCAUCGGCGCUAGAGAACGAUGAAAACCUGAGCGCGUUCGAGGAGGAGCUACGCAAGUCGUUGCUUUCGCUCGAUGCACGGAUGAAGGAUUUGAAAAAGCUGGGUGAAAGUGCAGAUAUAAAGUUCAAAAUAAUGCUACACACGACGAAACUGGCGUACGUGAAGAUUGGGAACGAUGCCCGCCUGCAGAGCUUUCCGUUUGUGGAGGAAAAGCCAGUGCAUGGUGCGGAUGAAAUGUCCAAAAUUGAGCUGCUUCCCGUACUGCAGACAUCGUGCGUUGGCGUGAAUGUAUUCGUCGAGGAGUACAGUGCAGCGUGAGUGGGGGGCGUUGUUGCGUUUGAAUAAACGUUUUAUUGUACAUUGUUUGCGUGUGUUGACGAAGAUGAAGAUUCAAUAAAUUGAACGCCUUUUUUGUUGAA